UAUCUAUCAAAAUUAAAAAAACAAAUCCCACUAAUUAAGAAUUAAAAAUAAAAAAAAAGUAUUCAUAGUGUUUUGUAAAAAAUAAAGUAUUUAUUUAUUUAUAUAAGCCCAUUUGGAGAGGUACAAGAAAACCCUAGCCGCUUCUUCCCUUCCCUCAAGGUGAGAGUUUGCUUGCUUGCUUGUAUCUCCUUUUCUCCUUUCCUCGUCUCACAGUAGCAGUUGGAGUUGGAAGAAUGGGAAGGGUUCGCACGAAGACGGUGAAGAAGUCGUCAAGGCAAGUGAUAGAGAGGUACUACUCUCGUAUGACGCUGGACUUCCACACCAACAAGAAGAUCCUCGAGGAGGUUGCUCUCAUACCCUCGAAGAGGCUUCGCAACAAGAUCGCAGGUUUCUCUACCCACUUGAUGAAAAGGAUCCAGAAGGGACCAGUGCGUGGCAUCUCCCUCAAGCUCCAAGAGGAGGAGCGUGAGCGCCGCAUGGACUUCGUCCCCGAUGAAUCAGCCAUCAAGACCGACCAUGUCGAGGUCGACAAGGAGACACUCGACAUGCUCGCCGCCCUCGGAAUGUCCGAUAUCCCAGGAAUCGUCCAGGUCGACCCUGUCCCUGUCCAGCAGCAGUUUACAUUUGGUCGCUCUGCCCCUCCCAGGAGAUUUUAAUUUUAAUUUCAAUUUCAAUUUCAAUUUCAAUUUCUGCAAUAAUAGAGCUUCGGAUUAUUAAAUGGAAUUUAUUUUGUUUUGCUUUCCAUAAUUUCAAUAUGUGAUUGUGCUGGUGUUGAAUUUCAGAUGAAAAUUAAUUAACUAUGUUUUUAUUUUUUGUUUAACCCUU